AACCCGUUCCUUUGUGAAAGAGACGCGGCAGCGGAGGCUCGUGCCGCACCCUUUGUGCUUCUCCUGCGACUCGUAUCUCAAAUCACUCCGCACAGGUAACAACCUCUAACUACCGGAAGCAAGGUAGAAGUCCAAACACAGGUGACGGAGACUGUCCACCAAGUUUUUGCGAAGAAAAGAAAAACCUUGAAUGGAGCCUCGAUAUAAACAGAAACAAUAACAUUAACUUUUUUUUAAAUUUUAGUUGCGUUUUUUCCACGUUGUGCUCAGGGUGCUGAAAGUGCGCAAAAGGAGUUAUCUUAAGGUAGCUUAAGACUGCAUAUUGUUUCUCAACUCGACGACGAGGACUCCUGACCUGGAUAUACCUGAAACGAGUUGACACACACACAGAAUACAAGGUUGAAGACCAGUGGAGUCCCAGAUAGCCGUACAGUGAAGGCCCCAGACUUGAGACUGGAUCCCUCCAGUCCUCCACCUGUUCAGCUGAUGGCAUGCCGAUCUCCAUCACACCAGAGAGGGCGAGUCUGUGUGGCGCCCUAGACCUCCACCUGUGCUUCUUGUCUGCAACGCUGCUCACCUCUCUGUCCUCGCCAACUCUUCUCUGAUCCCACAUCCACCGUCUGUCUCAACAUGGAUAAAUCUACCCCUGACAAGAAAUGCUACUACAACGAGAACGUCACUUUUUUCUAUGAAAUGAGUGGCAAGAACAUCAGCGACCACUGGCGCAGCCGUGACUAUGUGAUUGUCAGUCUGGGCAUGAUGGUCUGCUUCAUUGUCAUCUUUUCCAACCUUUUGGUCAUGGGCGCCAUUUUUAAAAACAAGCGCUUUCACUAUCCCAUCUAUUACCUGCUGGGUAAUCUGGCUCUGGCUGACCUCUUCGCAGGUGUCUCUUACCUCCACUUGAUGUUUCACACCGGUCCUUGGACCAUUAAGCUGUCUCAGUAUCAGUGGUUUGUGCGACAGGGGCUGAUCGACACCAGUCUGACAGCUUCGGUCCUCAACCUCCUGGCUGUGGCCGUGGAGCGUCACCAAACCAUCUUCAACAUGCAGCUGCACAGUAAGAUGAGCACCCGGCGUGUUUUCAUCAUCAUGGUGUGCAUCUGGCUGGUGGCCAUCGUCAUGGGCCUGGUUCCCAUCAUGGGCUGGCACUGCCUGUGCAACCUGGACAGCUGCUCCACCAUGGCGCCGCUGUACAGCCGCAGCUACCUGGUGUUCUGGGGGGUUCUUAACCUGCUGACCUUCUUCAUAAUGGUGGCUGUCUACACCCGGAUCUUUGUCUACGUGAGACGCAAGAGCAGGCAGAUGUCACAGCACACCACCCAGAUGAGACACAAAGAGACAGUGUUCAACCUGAUGAAGACUGUCACCAUGAUCCUGGGCUGUUUUGUGUUCUGCUGGACGCCCGGCCUGGUCAUCCUGCUGCUCGAUGGUGUGGGCUGUGACGCGUGUGAGGUGCUGCGCUUUGAGAAGUACUUCUUGGUCCUAGCCGAGUGCAACUCCUUCUUCAACCCCAUCAUCUACUCCUUCAGGGACAAUGACAUGAGAAGGACCUUCAAGGAGAUCCUGUGCUUCCUGUGCCGGCGGGGCCGCCCCGGCAACGGCACCUCUGGCGUUUACUUUAACACCAUGGAGCAAGAGAAAUAUAAGUCUCGUGCUGCCAAGUCGACAGGGAAGACCAACGGGAUCCCUUUUAUCCGUGCAGGCUCAGAAGACAUCCCUGCCCAUUCAGAAACCUGACAUUAACUCAAACAAGGACAAACAUUCAACAUACUCAGGACAUGCAGACACACAUUUGAUGCUGAAAUCUAGGUAUGCACACAUACACAAGCCUUAAGACUGUGUUUCCUCUGAAAGCAGACUGAUCUGUGAGGCUCAAAAGCUGUCUAUUCUUUUAAGAAACAUUGAUUUAUACCUCUGGUGCUUUAAAACCAGUUUGGACAAGAAGGAUAAACUUCUAGCAUCAGUUGGUCAACCUGAUGGUGGACGUCUCUUCUAUCGGGGGGGGCAUUGGAGAUCUGAUUUCCUGUUGUGACUUAAAUGAGAACUGUUAGUUCUCCCUAAACAAAUGGGGGCAGAAGAAGAAGCACUGAUGGCCACUGAACAGCUGGAACGUGCUGGCAAAGCAUGGAAGAAAUGAAGGAAAGUGGAAUGAAGUUAUAUAAGCAAUACAAAUUAUUCUCUCCAUACCCUCAUGGUAGAUGUGUGUAUUGAGUUACGCUGAAACAAUGCAGUCAAAUUCAACAGUCCUGCAGUAAGUCCUUCAUGAAGGCAAUACUGUUAUAUAAACCCUUCCUCCAUUUGUUCUAGUUGAGUUUAUGAUUUUUAUGCUUCUGUUUUAAUCUGGUUAUUUUGUGUGUGUGACACACGUUAGAUACCAUUUACCCUUCUCAACGUGGAAGAGACACAAAUAUCAACGUGAACACACUGACUUUCCAUGAGCUCCUGUUUUUAUUUUUGUUGCUGUUGAACGCUGUCAUUUUUUUCUUCAAGUUAUUUUUUUAACAUAUUUUUUGUCACUGUAUGAUGCAGACCUGUGGUAUUUGCGUCAUGUGCGUGUCCUCUGUGGUGGAAUUACACUAUUGUUUUUGUAAAUUGAUUGGGAUAUAAAACUAUUUAUGAUCACAUUGUAAAUGUAGAUAUGCACAGUAUUUACUCUACUCCUAUUCAUAUUAGUGUUUUGAAUUUUGAAUUAAACCUUUUGUUAAACUUGACAGAGCAAACAGUUAAGUGUGAGAUGUGAAGCUUUAAGGUGUAUAAAUGAUGUGUUCAAACUGAUAAGAUGUUCAAAGGAAAAAGCCUUUAUGACUGUAAUGCUGUUUCAGUGUUGAGCCAUGCUAUUCUGCCCUCUGUUACUGACAUUAAAAACAUUGACUAUC